CACUUAUCUUAUUAAAUGGUGAAGAUGAUAGAGCCCACAUAUUCCUAUAUUAGUAGUGGUGGGGUCUACUUCUCAUUGUUGCAGACUGGUCGUGGUUUCAAUGGUGGUAUGGUUAAUUCAUUAUUGAUGAAGGUGUUAGGGUAUGACCUCCCGUCUGUCAAGGAUGUGCUGCAUUAUAGGAUACGUGCCCAGAUCACAGAUCGUGAUGAUCAAGUGACUCGAUUCACCCGGUGGAACACUUUCAGCUGCAAGGAAGAAGCCCUCGUUUACAUCAAGGACUUCUGCAUUCCUCAUCCAUACUGCAGGUCUAUAUGUGUAAAUGAUCGUUCAAUUGGAUUUGUGUUUAUCAGACAAGAAUCUGGGGAUGACAAAUGCAGGGCAGAACUCGGAUAUGCUAUAGCCGCUAAGUAUUGGGGGCAAGGUGUAACAACUAGAGCGUUGAAGAUGGCAAUCUCUGAUGGGCUCGGGUCAUUUCCUGAUUUGGUUAGGCUUCAAGCUAGGGUUGAUGUGGAGAACAAAGCCUCUCAAAGGGUUUUGGAAAAACUGGGUUUCCUCAAGGAAGGGGUGCUGCGAAAGUAUACGUAUAACAAAGCUUGCUUUUACAUCCAUUGUUGGACUUCUAUCAUGCUUGCUUUCGGUCAACAUGCUUGCUUUGCAAUUUCUUCAGACCUCAAAUUUCUUUGUUAAUCUUUUGUUGUUCCCAAUAUGAAGCCAAGUGACCAAACGGGAUGAGCAAAGGGAGAUAACCAAUCCCAACAGUGUCAUUUAAUUUUUAGAGACGGCACCUAACGCCACUGCAAGGGCCAUGGAUUUGUUAUUUAAUUAAUCGAAGCACAUAAAUAAUACCUUCCCGGCCGUUCUCACUGUUUGUAUCAA